AUGCCCUCAGCCAAAUUCCCACUCAUCGACCCUCAAAAUCCUCUGUACUGCCCGGCGGUCUCCCCUUCUAGCUACCUGAGCCAUCUACGAGGAAACCAAGGCUCCUUCGGGGAUCAAAGAACUCUGUCCAGAUCUUUCGCUCGUCUGCUAGUUCAAGCUCUAGACGCGAUGCCCUCUGUAUCCGAAAAACUAUCUUCCGGGUCUCUAUAUGCUCAUCUGCCACCUCUAUGGGAAUACGACGACGAAUCGACAUUGACUGUUUGUGACUCGGACAUGGACUCUCUGGCGCGAAACCCCCACAAAUCUCGGCCUUCGAAACGGAAGCGACUCUGCGAUGAUUCUGGAACGUUUCUUGAGCUAAAAGGACCGUCUAAAUACGCGCGCUCAUGCGCUUCUGUUCACGAUAGCUCGUUCGAGGUUGGAUUAACUCGUGAUAAACUGCGCUAUUCUAGCCUCGUCUCUUCCCCUCCCGAAAUCGCCUCUGAGGACACCAGGUCUGAGGGAGAUCGCCUUAGGGCUAGGAUUCGAAUUCUAGAAGGUCCAGUUGCUUUCUGCGUUGCGGGAAUUCAGACUAUAUGCGUAUAUAUAGAUGCUCUCCGAGGUCCCGUAACUGGAACCGAAACUCCUCGAGGAAUCAAGUUAUUUAUCGAACACCUGGACUCGUUGAUGCCGGGUAUACGCCUCAAAGAUCGCAUAUAUGCUCUGUCUGAAUUAUCCCAUCAAGGCAUCCUUGACUUCCUCGGGAACCACGGUCUUCUCACAUAUCGCAUUCUCGACACUUUUCGAAUGUCUGAGAUUCGCUUCCUCUCUCUCGACAAAUCACUGGCACGCGAAAACGGUCUCAACCUGGGUUCCUACGACACACUCUCAGUCCUCGGAAAACCGGACGCAUUUUUAUUCCUAUCGGAACUCUCCCUCAACGGGGCUCAACUUCGCGACAUCGACAUUCUGAAUGUACACCACCUUCCCCGUCUAAGUAGCCUAUUCCUUGAAGAAACCGGUGUUGGAAACGAAACCAUAUUUCACCUUACUGCCCUCAAACGUACCUUGGCAUUCCUCUCCCUUUCGCGUAACCCCGCCAUUGACGACGACUCCGUCCCCGCUCUCCUCGUGCUAACUAAACUCGAAUAUCUCUGUCUUGUCGGCACCGGCGUACGGAUGCCUGGUCUACGCCGGUUUGCCAACGCGAUCUGGGAAGAUGACCGUACCAUAAGGAUCGACUGCCCUGCCGAAUGCGAAAAAUACAUCUCGCGUGUUCAUACCAAGUAUCUAACGUGCCCCGCUCCGCCGCUCGUCGUCGCUCCAGAAGUUUGCGGACAACUCUCAGCGGGGGCACUGAAACGAAACUUAGCUGCUCACGCUAUCGCUAACCCAACCAUAUUCGCCGGUGGAAAUAAACAGGAAAUGAUGAUCCGGUUAAAGGACAUAUUGGAGAUGAGACGUUCCGAUUUGCUGGUAAGGGAUUUGAUCCUUGGUGUAGACGAAGAUGGGGAUGUCGAAGACUGA